AUGAGAUGCCUUACCCACCCACUGCUCAGGAGGUUGUUUGGUCUCUCCUCUUGGUGCCUGUCAAGGGGAUUGAGUCAAAGUCCUCUCCUCAGUCUGAAGAGGUCACCUCUGAGGCAGAGCUACAGUGAAAGACCUGGGUUUGUGACUGCUACUGAUGUGGUCAAGUACUGGCAGAAGGUGUUUGAGACCAAUGGGGUCCCUGAAGCACGAGAAUCCAGUGAAUAUAUUGUGUCAUUCGUCCUGGGAGCAAAAACAUUUCAGAGCUUGAAUUCCAAAAGCCUCCACACUCCGCUCACAGCAGUGCAGCAGGAACACAUCCAGCAGCUGAGCUACAAGCGAUUAGAAAGAAUGCCGGUGCAGUACGUGAUUGGUGAGUGGGACUUUCAGGACCUGACUCUGAAGAUGAGAGCCCCGGUAUUUAUUCCUCGGCCUGAAACAGAGGAUCUUGUCUCCUUAGUUGUGGAGGAAGAAUCUCAGAAAUGUGAGAAGAAUUCAGACCUCUGCUUCCAAGCUUCUGUCCCCCACCCUGUGAUCAUGGAGAUUGGCUGUGGCUCUGGAGCAGUUGCCCUGAGCCUGUUGUGCAAACUGCCACAGAGCCUGGUGAUAGCCAUAGAUAAAGAGGAGGCUGCUGUGGAUCUCACUAGGGAGAAUGCACAUAGGCUGCAGCUCCAGGAAAGGAUCCACAUUCUCCACCAUGAUGUUUCAUACAGUUCUACGAAGCAGCUGCUGCUCUGGGGCCCUGUAGACUUCAUAGUCAGUAAUCCCCCAUAUGUCUUCCAUCAAGACAUGGCUUCCUUGGACACAGAAAUCCUCUGCUAUGAGGACCUUGAUGCACUAGAUGGGGGAGAUGAUGGGAUGAGAGUCAUCAAAACAAUUCUGGCUCUGGCUCCUUCUCUUCUGAAGGAUUCUGGGAGUGUGUUUCUGGAAGUGGAUCCCAGACACCCAGAUAUGGUAGAGAACUGGCUACAGGCACACCCCAACUUACUGCUUGUCCUCCGUGCUGUUCACAAGGACUUCUGUGGCAAGCCUAGGUUUCUACACAUACAAAAACAAAGCAGAUGA